AUGAUGCUGGCUGUGGUAGUCGGUUCCCCUUCCCAUGAGUUGCGAAUCAAUGCUACAGUAUCUAUUGUUAUUGCAUUUGUGUUUGUCGGUGCAUCUUACGGCGUAUCAGCCCUGAUUAUCUUCGCCCAGCGCCAUCGAAUAGAGUUCCUCCUCGGCUCAAUCUUUAUCCCAUACUCGACGAUGAAUCUGCUCGCGCUCCUGAAUAUCCUGUUCCAUAUCCAUGGGCGAAGCCUGCAGAUGAACACUCUGCAGAUCGUGAACAUAUGCCUACCCACUGCGUUCUCGGUCUGUUACGCCCUGGCGGGGAUAUUGACAUAUCGAGAGUAUAGACUUCACCGAGCGGAGGAAGGCACGCCGCUACUCACCGACGAAGAGAUGCAACGGCGCCAGUUGCUUCGCUUGUUGGGAGAACAGAAUACCAGCGCACCAUCGCCCGACCUUGUGCGAAACACUUAUCGCUUCGAUUUACCUGGGGGUGAGAGAGCGCAGAAGGGCUGGAGUCAUUUGACUCCUUGA